AUGAAAGCCUCAGCAGCCUUCAGAAGCCUGCGUCUCAGGCAAGCAAGGCUUACACUCGGCAAACAAACCAUUCGUCCCUUCUCAUCAUCACCUCUUCGCCGCGCAGACCCCUCCAGCCCGUCAGACACCGAAGGCCUCAAUAGAGUCUCGCGCCAUGUCACGCAGCCUAAAUCUCAGGGCGCCUCACAGGCAAUGCUCUACGCGACCGGCAUGACCGAAGCAGACAUGAACAAAGCAGAGGUGGGAAUUUCGUCGGUCUGGUACAGCGGGAAUCCUUGCAACAUGCAUUUAUUGGAUCUGUCCAACGUGGUGAAAAAGGGCGUCGCGGACGCAGGACUCCAGCCCAUGCAGUUCAACACGAUCGGCGUGUCAGAUGCAAUCUCAAUGGGCACGACAGGCAUGCGCUACAGUCUACAAUCAAGAGAGAUCAUUGCCGACUCAAUAGAGACGGUCAUGCAGGGUCAGUGGUAUGAUGCGAACAUCUCCAUUCCAGGGUGCGACAAGAACAUGCCUGGCGUGGUCAUGGCCAUGGGCAGAGUGAAUCGCCCGUCAAUCAUGGUGUAUGGCGGCUCCAUAGCCGCUGGGUGUGCGCGGACGCAGAACAACGCCCCUAUUGACGUUGUGUCGGCAUUCCAGGCCUACGGUCAAUUCAUCGCGGGUGAAAUCAAUGAGGAGCAGCGCUUCGACAUCAUCCGCAAUGCCAUUCCGGCUUGCGGCGCCUGUGGUGGUAUGUACACUGCCAACACCAUGGCCUCGGCUAUUGAGACGCUAGGCAUGACAUUGCCUGGGAGCGCAUCCAAUCCCGCUGUCUCGCAGGAGAAACAACUCGAGUGUCUGGCGGCUGGAGGUGCCAUUAAGAACCUGCUUAAACUCGACCUGAAGCCGCGCGACAUCAUGACUCGUGAGGCCUUUGAAGAUGCCAUGGUUGUGGUGAUGAUCACGGGUGGUUCGACAAACGCGGUGCUGCACCUAAUCGCUAUGGCCGACGCGGUGGGCAUCAAGCUCACCAUCGACGAUUUCCAGGCUAUCAGUGACAGGACCCCAUUCCUCGCGGAUCUCAAGCCGAGCGGGAAAUAUGUCUUCAACGAUCUACACGCAGUCGGCGGCAUUCCGACCUUGCUAAAAUUCCUGAUCAAAGAAGGCGUUGUCAAGGGGACACACACAACCGUUACGGGUCAGACGCUCGCCAAGAACGUCGAAUCGGCCGCCGACUUCCCGACGGAUCAAGUCAUCAUCAAGCCGUUUUCCCAGCCGAUCAAGAAGACCGGACACAUUCAAAUUCUACGGGGUAGUCUCGCACCGGGCGGCUCCGUCGGCAAAAUCACCGGCAAAGAAGGCCUGCGUUUCGAGGGCAAAGCCAAGGUCUAUGACGCAGAAGACCUGUUCAUCCAGGCUCUGGAGAGAGGCGAGAUCAAAAAGGGCGAGAAGACCGUGGUGGUCAUCCGAUACGAAGGCCCCAAGGGAGGUCCCGGCAUGCCUGAAAUGCUGAAGCCCAGUUCCGCCAUCAUGGGCGCCGGCCUGGGUAAAGAUGUCGCCCUGAUCACCGACGGCAGGUUCAGCGGCGGGUCCCACGGGUUUUUGAUCGGCCACAUCGUGCCCGAGGCGAUGGAAGGCGGUCCGAUCGGCCUUGUGAGGGACGGGGACGAGAUCGUGAUUGACGCCGAGAACAGGACACUCGAUCUGAUGGUGGACGAAGCGACGUUGGCAAAAAGAAGGGAGGAAUGGAACACCAACAAGCCUGAGCCCCGGUACAGGAGAGGCGUCUUGGCCAAAUAUGCCAAACUGGUCAGUGAUGCCAGCCACGGGUGCAUCACGGACAAGGAGGAUGUGUUGGAUAUACAUGCAUGA